UUAUCCCAUAUUUCACGUGAUAGGAUUUUGGAAGACCUUUGGACUUCAAUUCUGCGUAUACUAUUAUUUCAAACCGUAUUUAUGUAAUUACAUAGCCUCAAAUGAGGGACGGGAAAGAGCCGCCGAAUACCUAUUUCCCCACUUUUUAUCACAGCAUCAAUCUUUCAACUUCCACUAUACCAUUUUCUUGAACAAACUGAAUAUUCUGAACAAGAAAAACUCCAUCAAUGAAUCCAGAAAGCUCAAAUACUAACCAAACAAACCCCAGAAAAAGACCAUUAAUAGAAGAAGAACCUAACAAAGACAAACAGCCAACUACACUGAAUUCCAUGGUGGUAGCCAUUGAUCACAACAAUCUCUUUUAUACAGUCUGUUCUAUAUGUGAAAAGACUUUACCUGACCCUUCACCAAAUACCCAUUUCCCCAAUUCUUCUUCUUCUUCUUCUUCAAUACCCUUUUGCAAAAAUUGCAACUUUAACCCUGCUUCUUCUGGUUCCAAACGCCUCUUUCGUGUUCUUAUGUCUAUAGCUACUGAGAAAAGAGUGGUUGUGGUGAUAAUGUUUGAUAGGGCGGCUAGGGUUUUGUUUGGUUGUUCUGCUGAUGAGUUCUUUGAUUUUGCCAAGAUUCACCCUUUCUCCGCUGCGUCUGCCGGUAAAGCUUUGGAGGGAGAGAUGUUGAAGGUCACCUUGUCCCAACCAAAGAAUGGGAAUGCACGGCAUCUGCGAGUGGUAUCAGUUUUGCCAUUGCGGACAGGUUUUCAGCCUGUGAUUGAGACCUUGAGGGAACUAUAUCGAGCAAGAGGUGGUUCAUAGCUAUUGCAUUCAGGUGAAUGAAGCUUACCAAGCCAGUUGCAGAUAAGGUCAUACUCUCCAGCGUAAAUGAGUAGAUUGAUACCAUCCUCAAGAAGUUGAGGAAUACCGACUUCAAGAUUCUUCAUCCAGUCCUUCUGCAUCGCCUGAUAAACUGAAGAACUACAUGAGACAAAAUCAAUAGCGAUGGGAACACCGAGGGCUUUCUUAACUUGGUUAUCGUUGAGGUAAGUUUCCAUUCUCGAGAAGUCAUAGCAGAGGUUACCCUCGCAAGUCUUCCGGAUAUCAUAGUACUGCAGGUAAAAAAGUCCCAAAUCCAUUAGACAGUUAUAAAACAUUUAUGCCUGUAGUUAUAUGACACCAUUGUUUCGUUAGAUAAAACUCAAAGAAGUUGCGUGUUCUUA